AAGGUAAACACACAAGGUGACAGCAACCCUCUUUUCUACCGAGCAUUGAAAUUCUUCUUUCCCAAGUAAAUAACCCUUAUUUCUCACCAUCUUUUAUAAUUUUCCAUCGCCGCUACCGACCGCCACCAUGUCCGGCUACACAGAGGAAUACAUCCGGCAGAAGCUGACCGAAAAGCUGGAAGCAACCCAUGUGGAAGUGGUCGACGAAUCGGAUGGUUGCGGUGGCAAAUUCCGCGUCGUAGUAGUUUCCUCCCAGUUCCAAGGCAAACCUCUCCUCCAGCGGCACAGGCUCGUAAACGCGGCACUGGAAGAGGAACUGAAAACGAUUCACGCUUUCUCGCAGAAAACCUACACCCCGGAACAGUGGGCCGGCGAGAGUGGACCUUAGGUUAGGUUUCUCCAUACUGUAUUUGAACCAGCCGCCAUCUUACCAGCUAGCAGCAUCAUCAUGGCGGAACAAACCAUCGUCCAACGAUUCGACAUUUCCGCCCCGGGGAAGGUGAUCCUUCACGGGGAACAUUCCGUCGUGUACGGUCAUCCGGCGAUUGCUGGAUCGAUUGGACUGCGUACCUACCUCACGUAUACCGCUCUCGCGUCUUCAUCAUCGCCGCCCCAAGUCAUCGUCGAGUUCCGUUCGAUCCCGUUCACUGCCAGCCUGCCGCUCGAUCUUUUUGAUGCGUUCCUUCGUGAACUUGACUGCAACGAAACGCUUCAACCGGAUGCCUUUUUGGAACAAUUACGCUCGCCCGGAGAUUUCCCCUUCGCACGCUUUGUGUCGGAUCCGGCGCCUUCCCUAGCGGACGUAACAUCGAAAGAGCGGAUGUCGCUUGGCUCCACACUUUACAUCAUCAAUCGAGUGCUUCGAUCGGAAGGCGUUCAAUCGAUCGAUAGAUGCUGCCUCGGUGCUGGAGGCUUCCAGCUUUCGCUACACUCGGAAAUGAGCAUCGGAGCUGGUUUGGGCAGUUCGGCCAGUUACGGCGUUUGUUUGGCAGCCGGAGCGUAUCAUCUGUCACGGAUUUUGAAAGCUCAAUUUAAUCGCGAUCCAUCCGCGAUGAACCCGGACGUGCUGAAGAAGAUCUAUCGAUGGUCUUUCGAUUCCGAGAUCAUAAUGCACGUGAAACCCUCCGGCAUUGAUAACGAAAUCGCGACCAAUGGUGGAUUGGUUCGCUUUCGACGUGGAACCGGUGUGGAUAAGCUCAUCAAACUGCGUCGUCCGGUGCGUGUUCUGAUCGUUGACACGGGUGUUAGCCGCAGUACGGCACAGCUUGUUGCUGCCGUAGCCAAACGGCUGGAACUGUUCCCACGCACCGUCGGUCCGAUUCUGGAGUCGAUGGGUGGCGUUGUGGAUGAAGCAAUUGCACUGUUCGAAUCGGAGGACCACGAGCCAGACACGGUUUACGAUCGGCUUAGCACGCUGGUGAACAUCAACAACAACUUGCUACGUUCCGUGGGCGUGAGUCACCCGGCUUUGGAAGCAAUAUUUGCCAUUGCCGAACGGGGCGGGUUCGCCAGCAAGCUUACCGGUGCUGGCGGUGGCGGAUGUGCCUUUGUGCUGCUGCCGGACGGGUUUCGCGAGCUCGAUUCAUUCCAACGGUUGGUGGGUGUGUUGACGGAGGCUGGCUUCCGGACGAUGGAAACCACCGUCGGUACGGGGGCCGGUGUUACGCUUAGCUAACCCUGCUUCUAACGAAGGCGAAGACACUUGAAACUGAUUUGUUAACGAAGAUCGUUCGUACGGGCUAAAGGUUUUAUUAAGGUUGCGGGUUAAAGCGUUUUGUUUGUAGCAUCAUCACUUCGACACAUCUCUCUUUAAAAUGAUUCUACUUUUGGUAUUUUCGGUUGGUUCAAAUAUAAAAAGCAAUAUAAAUGAAA